AAUGCGAGGGACUGGAACCCUACAGACCUGGAACAGUUUGCAGAACRAGUCCAGCUUUUACUCUAGCUUUUACUAGUAUUUUCUUUCUUUAGAAGUUCUGAAUAUUUCUUAACCGAUUAAGGAUGGCUCACCGACUUGCAUCCCACCAUCGUGCCUUCUUUCAACCUAAGUAUUUUUCUGGAACUUCAGCUCAUAUCACAACAUCAUCUGUGUAUCGUAUGCCUUUUGAUGUUCAAGAUGAAAAUGAUUUCAAAACAAAAGUUCUGGAAUCUAAAACACCAGUCAUUGUAGACUUCCAUGCUGGUUGGUGCAAUCCCUGUAAAGUCCUAGCACCACGAUUAGAAGAAGUUGUUGCCAAGCAGGAAGGCAAAGUUGAACUGGCUAAAGUAGAUGUGGAUACAAAUGGGGAAUUAGCAUUCCAAUAUGGAGUUAAUGCGGUCCCUACAGUUCUAGGAUUCAAGGGUGGCAGGCUUGUGAGUCAAUUUCAAGGAGUCCGUGAAACCUCAGAACUUGUGGAAUUUAUGGAUAAAUUAAUGAAAUAAUGGGAAAGGGAUGCGCGAAAAAUGUGACAUUUUUAAUAUUAAGUCAUAACUAAUGUUUAUAAUGUCAAUAUUCAGUCCAUGAUUGUUUUUAGGGUGUUUAUGAUAAAAGGGAAAUUUUAAUCAAAUUAAUAGACAGUUUAGGCCUGGUUAUCACUAAAAAAUGAUGAUGAUUUCAAAACAAGAGCUCUAAAAUCCAAAGACUUCUGAGCUUUGUGAAAGUUUUGGCAUAAUUACAUUUCUUGUGAUAAAAUAUUGAAUAUAAAUGAUGUAAUUGCAAAAAUGUG